GACGAACUGUUCGGUUAUCCUCUUUGUUUGCUCUUCUGCCUUCUCCUUUUCCCUUUCUCUUUGUUUUCAAUUCUCCCCUCUCUAUUUCUCUGACUUACUCACUCACUCAUUCUCUCUUUCUCUUCGAUACAAUUCUCCGUCGUCUUUUCUUACAGUCCCAGUGUUACUCUCUUCAUCUCUCUGUCUCUUUCUCUCUCUCUCUCUCUCUCUCUCUAUUUUCUUAAGUGCAUCCUUAUUAUUUUUUUUUUUGUUUUGUUUCGCGCGUCUCAACAAUUUGCUACAUAUUUCCUACUACUGGAUUUCUUUUUGGUUUGCAACGAAAUUUAUCGUCUCGAAGAUUUCCAUAAUGACGUCAAAUAAUUUACGAACAGAUUUUAGAAAGCUGAUUCAAGAGGAAGGUUCUGUUAAAAAAACCAUCAUCACUGGAUUAGCCGAGAUGAUGGGUACAUCAAUAUUGUUGUUCCUUGGAUGCAUGGGAUGUGUUAGCGGUCUUGGUAUCAUCCCACCUCAUUUACAGAUCACAUUAAAUUUUGGCCUAAGCGUUAUGAUCGUUAUACAGUGCUUUGGACACAUUAGUGAAGCUCACGUUAAUCCUGCCAUCACAGUCGGUUCAGUGGUACUCGGCAAGAAAACUAUCCCAGAGGCCUUGGUUUAUUUGUUGGCUCAAACGUUAGGCGCCGUCUCGGGUUAUGGCAUGUUAAGGGUGGUUACACCUAAGGAGAACUUAACAUUGGGAGGAUUAGAUGAUGCCGACAAAUUAUGCGUCACCGAUUUACACCCAAAUGUAUCAGCGAUUCAAGGACUUUUAAUCGAAAGUUUAUCUACUUCGGUUUUGAUGUUGGUCACCUGUGCACUUUGGGAUUCGAGAAAUGCAAAGAAUACGGAUUCUGUGCCGUUAAAGUUUGGUUUUACGGUUGCAACUUUAGCCACAGCAUUUGGCCCUUAUACUGGUUGCAGUAUGAAUCCAGUUAGAUCGUUGGGACCAGCUAUUUGGAACAAUCAAUGGAAUCAUCAUUGGAUAUAUUGGUUUGGUCCAAUUGGAGGUGCUUUAUUAACUUCGAUAUCUUAUCGCAUGAUUUUUGGUGUUCGACAUUCAAUGGAAGAGGAAAAUAUACCUGAAAGAGUAGCUCUUAAUAGCAUCGAUAUUUCCCAAAAAACAGAAAUUAAAGAGCAACCUUGACUUUACUCCCUGGAAUAAACUCUCAUGGAAAUUGGCCAAACUACUAUCGUCCGCCAUUUUGAACGACGUCCUUUUCGAGAUUCUCGAAUGUGUAAUGUUCAAAAGACAACAGGGAAAUGCCAAGAAAGUUAGCAACGAAAUGGGACGGUCUGUUCAAUAGUCACUGGCCUACUAACGAAGUAGCAACGUUAAAGAAGAGAUGAUAAAACUUACAAGUCUCAAUAAUUGUUGGAAAUAAGUUAUUCCAUUGUAAUAAUCAUACGAUAUCUAAUACUCGUAAGUCGUUUUGACUUGCGUGGACUGACGAAAAAUCAUUUUUCAUAACGAGUUUAUGGAAUCUUUUUUUUUUUUUUUUCAAUUCAUCUCAAUCUCCUUCUCAUCGUUUAGAUUUUUAAAAAUCAUUAAUCUUUCUUGCCUUUUUUUUCUCUCUCCUUUUUUUUUUUUUUUAACAAUAACGAACAAAUUCAUUCGCGCAAAACAGGAUUCACUAAUAAUGAGAUAUUAUUAGAAAUAUAUAGAAAAUUUUAUAUCUAAUUUAAUCGUAAAUUGUACGUAAUUUUGUUAUUACUGAUCAUAAUUCGAUGUUUCGACGAUCGAUUCAUUCGAAUGAUAGAAGGAAUACGUAUUAAAUAUGUAAGCGCACGAUAUUUCGGUCAAUAUUUCUUUUUUUAUUUGACUCGUAAUUUUUCUUUUUUUCUUUUUUUUUUUCAAAGUAGAUUCCAAUAUAAAACAGUGCACGCUAAAUAAUUAAAAUAUUGCUACGCUAAACAAUGAGAUACGUUCGUACGAUUCUUUUAUUUCCUGUGUUUCUCGUUAGUAUUAUUUGUAUACUAUCUGCUUAAAUUAUCACCUGAUAAACUCAUAUACUCAUUCAACUGCAUUUUUCUUUUUCUUUUUUUUUUGUUCUUUUCUAUAUUUUUUCCUUGGCCAUUUUUUUUUUUAUAAAAGAAAUUUUUAACCGACGAUGAAAUAUUGUAUUUAAGAAGCAUUUGUUGUAUUUCUUUCUCUUUUUUCUUUUAUUUUUUUUUUUUUUUUUUUCUGUUAGUCCUGACGAAUAAAGAACGUUAUUUUUAAUUAAUGUUUAAGACUAAUUAAGUUAUACAUCUUGUACAAAUUUUCUUAAUGCAUUGAAAUUCAGGAAAACGCAACAAUUUUUUACUUAUUACGAGAUUAUCCAAUUUUUGAUUUGCCCUUGUAACAAUGUGAAUAUUCAACGAUCAUGUAAUCACGGUUGCAUUGGUCGAAGGCGCAAUUGUUUUAUUUAAGCUUCUUAAUUUGUUUGAAGGCAUUAAAAAAAAAAGGAUCUAUAAUUUGAUGACGAGAAAUUAAAAAAUAUAAAAUACAUACAUGCAAUAUUUACAAGUGAAAAAUUAUUUGCAAUUAAAUUAUUACGCUUUACUUAGAAUUCAAAUUUUGUACCAUUUUCAGUGCAAUAUUCUUUAAAAAUGCCAAAUGAAAUAUUCACGUAUAUAGUUAUUUUAAUACUUUAAAUUAUUCGUGCAAUGAAAAAGAAAAAUCAAAUUGCUUUUAGCUUGCCAAAUAAUAAAAUAUUUCACGCAAUUCGUAUCCUCGGGAAUAAGGUUAUCGUUAGAUUUUAAAAAGAUGAGAAAAUAAAAUGGUUGGAAUUCGAUUAUGAGAAGGAAAACAUUUCCUUUUUUUUUUUUUUUUUUUUUUUUUUUUUAUCACGAAAUCUCACAUGCGAAUUUAUUUGUAUGUGUGGUGUAUUAAACGAUUUUACGAACGUUACGUAGCAACGUUCAAAUUCGAUGGUGGAUUGUUAAUUUGCUCGUUUUUAUCGUUCACCGUGUGACCAAUCCGAUCGAUAAAGAGAGAGAGAAAGAAAGAGAGAAAGCUCAGCUUUUAACCAGAAACAUAAAAUCAUGUAUUUUACGAGAUUUUCUCUUUCUCAAAUUCUGCUCUCUCUUUCUUUCUUCAUCGAAAUCACCCUCAAGCGACUACUUGUAACAAUAACUUUUAUUCGUACCAAUGCGUUAUCAUCAUCUCUAAAAAUUUGAUAAAGCAUUUGAAUUACGCGCGUCAUAAAAAGUAAAUGGCCUUGGUAACAAUUUUA